UUGGGUCUUCCUUAAUCUGUGUUUGUGCUGCUGUGAUUCGUGAUGUUUAUUGACUACCAACUUCUUGGAAAAUGUUAAGGUGACUGACCUUUCCGGGCCUUUGAAUUGUUUUAAAUUUUUGCUAUGAUAUAUCUGUUCCUCGGUAUUUUUGUCAUUUAUCUGUCCCAUCGACAAGGGCAAAUGCUCACUAAUCAUUCCUCUUUUCAUGUUUUGUACCACUCUGUUAAAACAAUUUAUAAUCAAAGUAUAACUUAGGUACCUUCAAAAUAUAAGUGAAAUAAUUCUAUGCAUUCUACAGUCGAAUUACUACGUACUUAUGAAGAAAAUUGCUUAGAUAAAUUGGUCCGUUUCAAGAAUAAACUGAAUGGCAUUAGAAAAAAUAACCCGUUAAUCUACCUUUCUCUAUAUAUUGGGUAAACACUGGGCGCAAGCAAGAAUUAUUCGGGGCUGGUCCGCACAUUAUUUAGCGGCAGAUACAGGCUUUCCCUCAUUGGAAAACGUAUGUUAUUCGGUAAAAUUUGCGUUGAGUAUCAUACAUAUGUGUGCACUAAUUUCAUGCAUCCCAAUAAGACACCAAUCACCUAUCUAUAAGGCACGAAGUGCAGCAGUCUGUGCAUUCUUGAUGAUUUGCUCCUGUCAUUUUUUGAAUUCUCCCGCGUUUCCGACUCCCGCCACCAGUCAACAUAGAUCACGGCGUGUUUAACAACAAUAAACUGAGGCUGCCGGGGUUCGCCGUUGACGUGAAACCUUGGAGGAAUCGUGAAUGUUUACGUUUUUCGGAGUCCAUUGGUGUUCUGACCGAAAUUAGCAAAAAGUACAGUGAGUGUCUCGCCGGUCCGGGGCCUGGUGUGGCGGCCGCUCAACAACAUCUAGCCGGAUAACAUUCGCCGAUAUGUCGGACACAGAGCGUUUGCGCGCCUCCGAAAAGCGCCUUGAGGAGAAUCCUUAUGAUAUCGAGGCUUGGUCUGUGCUGGUUCGAGAUGCCCAGGCACGUAAAAUCGAGGAUGCACGUGAGGUGUACGAACGGCUCGUGUCGACAUUUCCUAAUACGGGACGCUAUUGGAAAGUCUACAUUGAACACGAGCUUAAGGCUCGGUGUUUUGACCGGGUCGAGAAGCUCUUCACACGAAGCUUAAUCAAGGUCUUAAAUAUGGACCUGUGGAAGUGUUACCUUGCCUACGUAAAAGAAACCAAAGCUUCGCUUCCCUCGUAUCGUGAGAAAAUGGCACAGGCGUAUGACUUCACGUUAGACAAGAUGGGUAUGGACGUUUCAUCUUCUUCCGUUUGGCACGAUUACGUGAACUUCUUAAAAAGCGUGGAUGCCGUCGGCAGCUACGCAGAAAAUCAGCGGAUUACUGCUGUCAGGAAGGUGUAUCAGAAAGGGGUUCACAAUCCUAUGACGAACAUCGAGCAGCUAUGGAAAGAUUAUGUCACGUACGAACAAAACAUCAAUCCGCUGAUAGCCGAAAAGAUGAUUUCAGACCGCAGCAGAGAUUACAUGAAUGCUCGCCGGGUUUCUAAAGAAUACGAGGUUCAUUCGAGAGGAAUUAAUAAAAACAUGCCUUCAGUUCCACCACAGGGUACUCCGGAAGAGAUGCGCCAGCUUGAAUUGUGGAAGAAGUUGAUCGCGUGGGAGAAAUCUAACCCAUUACGGUCCGAAGAUCUGGCUCUUGUCACACGACGAGUGAUGUUCGCUUAUGAACAGUGCUUACUCUGCUUGGGACAUCAUGCCGACAUCUGGUUGCAAGCUGCUCAAUUUCUCGAUGAACGUUCUCGAGCUGCUGCAGAUCGGGGUGAUCCCACGUUGGGACGACAAUACGCUGAAGAGGCAGCCACAAUGUAUGAACGUGCAAUCAGCGGUCUAUUGUGUCGUUGCCAGUUGCUGUACUUUGCAUACGCGGAUUUCGAGGAAGGUCGUAACAACCACAAGAAAGUCCACGAUAUCUACAAUCGUCUAAUUGACAUUCGCGACUCGGAUCCGACAUUGGCAUAUGUACAAUAUCUAAAGUUUGCUCGGCGAGCUGAGGGCAUCAAGAGCGCUAGACAAGUGUUUAAGAAAGCUCGAGAAGAUGAACGGUCCAACCAUCAUGUUUACGUGGCUGCAGCACUUAUGGAGUAUAAUUGCAGUAAGGACAAAACGAUUGCGUUCAAGAUAUUUGAGCUUGGGCUAAAAAAAUACGGUGGGAAUUCUGACUAUGUUCUUGCUUACAUCGAUUAUUUAUCCCAUCAGAAUGAUGAUUCAAACACCCGAGUCCUGUUUGAGCGUGUACUCACCUCAGGCCAACUCUCUGCGGAAAAGUCUCUGGAUAUCUGGAAUAAAUUCCUGGAGUUUGAAUCCCACAUUGGUGACCUAACCUCAAUUCUCAAGGUAGAGAAGCGUCGUGCUGCUGCUAUCGAGAAACUCAAAGAAUUCGAAGGAAAAGAAACCGCUUUACUUGUUGACAGGUAUCGUUUUCUAGAACUGGUGCCUUGCUCACCGGCUGAGCUAAUCACAAUGGGCUAUCGAGAGCUAUUGUUGAAAAAUAGGGGCGCAUUAGCCGGAGGUUUAGUGGCAGGGGCAAUUCUCGAUGCUGGAGAAGCUCAUAAGGAGAAGGUGUUCCGCCCUGAUGUUCUCCAGAUGAUACCUUUUAAACCUAAACAGAUGUGUCCCAACGGCUCUCAUCCUGUCCCAGGAGGUGUGUUCCCAGCGCCACCGGCAGCCGCCGAAUUAAUGGUCCGCCUUCCUCCUCCAACGUCAUUCAAUGGGCCGUUCGUAGCAGUUGACAAACUCAUUGACAUAUUUAUGAACAUGAAUCUGCCUGAGAAAAUGCCCGAACCUGACGCGGCACAGAAUGGCUUGACUUUGAAGAUUUUUGAGCACGUGCUUAAACCCGUCGAUUUUGGUCAAGGCCAAAAACGACCACGAGGAGGAGGCGAUAACUCCGACUCAGAAAAUGAGGAAAAUGGUUUCCCUAAUCAACUAUCGAAUGAGAUUUUCCGUUCACGGCAACAGCGGAAGGUUCAGCAACAACAGCAUCAGCAGUAAAGAGACGUCUGUUGAUCAUUUACCUUUUAUCUAUCUGAGGUUUGUUUUUAGCGUUAUUUUCUCUACACCCAAGCAUUCCAUGGAUCUUCGCUAUUUCCACUGAUCAGCAAAUGCGUGUGUAUGACUGUUAAAAAAGUCAGAUGUCUUCUGAGCAAAAAGCGAAAAGUAUUGAACGAGUACAUUCAAUAUAUUUUUACCCACCUAAAGCUAAGUCUCUUGACACGAAGCAAUAGGUGUUCGACUCCGUUCGACAGAAAACCUUACAUUCGAGCCAUAGUAACCCCGGGAAUUUGAAGGAAGACCCGUGAUCAUGAUGACUAUGGUGGUGAUAGCUAUGUUGAUGACCCCGGUGAUAGCCGGUGAACAUUAUAUGCAGAAGGUAAAUGAGGACAGCUAGGCACUUCUGCCAAAACAUUUCAUUUAGAAUUAUAAAAAAUUACAGCGAACUCGCUGAUCGGACGCUUAGCAUCAGUGCGAAAAGAUUCGAAUGCCAUUAUUUCGAGCAAAAAACUCUUUGAGUAUGUGACUGUGUAUAUAUAACGCCUCAGAGUGCGCAUUUGACAAGGUGCGUAUGUAUGUCUUGAGAGAUUCUAGCUUCAACUGUAGGUCUUUAUUAAAUCGAAGUUCUAGUACAGACGAAGAUGACUGUUGAACAGUGGUUACAUUAAUUAUUGCUGUUCGGUUGCUCUAGAUGACAGUGUGAUGAAUUGAAGUAAUUUGGAUUGGUAUUAUUACUAUUAUUGUAGUUUUGUUAAGUUAAUAUCAUUUUUUGGCAAGAUAAUGCUAAUUUAUAAGUUCUACACGAAUAUCAUUAUGAGAAUGAAGGAAUCAUCGCUACAUAUCGGCAUUAUCACAGCAACGAGUAGUAAUUCUUGCAUCAAAGACAUAUAUAUACAUAUAUGUAUAUAUCAGAAGUAAGUUAAAGUAUUGCGCAGGAGCACGUAAAUAAAAAGAACAGGGAAAAUAUACGAGGAAAUGUUAACGCAUGGGACACAUAUGAACGUUGAAAAGUAAAGUGCUUAUGGCAAUAUAAAUGGAAUCAUAUUUGUAUAUGUAUAUAGAGAAUAAAUUCCAGCAAGUACAGUAUCAUGUAUAAGAAAAUGUGCUGUGAAUUAAUUUACACUUCAAGUGAUUGAGGUUAUUUACUUUAAAUGUCUCAUGCAUCAUGAACCUAACCUAACCCUCUCUAUUCCUAUUAUUUACAUACUAUUGUCAAAUUUAGUUUUUCAACAGCAAAAAAAGUAGUAAACAUAAAUCAGUAAGACUUCGUAAACGAGAAGUGUUAUCAUCGAAUCUUACCACUGACGGUAGAAGUUAGAAAAUCACUUGAUUCGUGAAUUCGAAAAUGUAAUUCAAGACCUUCGCUCCAAGCUGAGAACAAUUGAUAGGCUUCUCUUCAAUACAAUAUUUAAACUUUAACAAAACAAGAUAUUUUAGGUCUAGAACAGAUUGUUCAUCGUUUCAAUAGAAACACUUCCAUCAGCGACUAACAGUAGAUUUAUAAACGAAAAGUUAGUUGCCUUGGUAUUAGUUCUGCCUUUUAACUUAAAGGUAUUCAUGCAUGGCUCCCUAACUGAACGUAAAGGUUGAUUGUAAUUUAAAUGAUGCUCUAGUCAAUGAGUGGUAACAUUACCGAUACUUUGCGUUCUUUGAACCCCGUCUACGCCGAUACCCCCACAAUGGGCAAUUAUAGCACGUGUGGCACGGUAAUAUAAUUAUUCGUAUAGGAAUAGUAUGACAUGCUGUUCAUAAGGCACGGGUCAGGAUGAGUAAGUCAUUUUGCUUAAUGCGAAUGCGUUCACGUCUUACGUCGAAGACACUGGCACUUAGUCGGAAGUACCAUUUCUUUAAAAGGUAAUAUUUUGUCGAUAAUUUUGUGCCAUCAUAAUAUGGCAAACGAAAUAAAAAU